AUGGGUUGUUUACUAAGUAAAGAUAAAGAUUCAGAACAAGAACACAACAAUGGUUAUAGAUAUGCUGAAUCUUCUGGUCAACACAAUCAUAGGAACAACCAUGAACAAGUCAACCAUUCAAGAACACCUCAUCAACCUGAAAAACAAUCUGCAUCAUCUCAUAUGAUUCCUCAGAUACCAUUGAAGCCAUCAUCAGUUUCUGCUCCAAGUCCAAAACCUUUGAUUAAGCAAGAAACAAACACAAUUCUAGGAAAAGGUUUUGAAGAUGUGAGAGAGUUCUACACACUUGGAAAAGAACUGGGUAGAGGGCAAUUUGGAGUAACAUAUCUAUGUACUGAGAAUUCAACUAGGCUGCUUUACGCUUGUAAGUCAAUUUCGAAGCGGAAGCUUGUGAGCAAAUCUGAUAGAGAAGAUAUAAAGAGAGAGAUUCAGAUUAUGCAGCAUUUGAGUGGUCAACCAAAUAUUGUUGAGUUUAAAGGAGCUUAUGAGGAUAAGAAUUCAGUUCAUGUUGUUAUGGAACUUUGUGCUGGUGGUGAACUUUUUGAUAGGAUUAUUGCUAAAGGACAUUAUAGUGAAAAAGCUGCUGCUAUUAUAUGUAGACAGAUUGUUAAUGUUGUUCAUAUUUGUCAUUUUAUGGGGGUUAUGCAUAGGGAUCUGAAGCCAGAGAAUUUCUUGUUGUCUAGUAAAGAUGAAAGUGCUCUUCUUAAGGCUACUGAUUUUGGUUUGUCUGUUUUUAUUGAAGAAGGAAAGGUAUAUCGCGAUAUAGUUGGAAGUGCUUAUUACGUUGCUCCAGAAGUUCUUCGACGCAGAUGCGGAAAGGAAAUAGAUAUAUGGAGUGCAGGAGUAAUACUAUAUAUCUUACUUAGUGGUGUUCCUCCAUUUUGGGCUGAAACCGAAAAGGGAAUAUUUGAUGCGAUAUUAGAAGGUCAUAUCGACUUUGAAAGUGAACCGUGGCCUAAAAUAUCAAACAGCGCCAAGGAUCUUGUUCGCAAAAUGCUUAUACAGGAUCCGAAGAAACGCAUCACUUCCGCGCAGGUUCUAGAGCAUCCAUGGAUUAAAGAUGGAAAUGCUUCUGAUAAACCAAUAGACAGUGCGGUUCUUUCUCGAAUGAAGCAAUUCCGAGCUAUGAAUAAACUAAAGAAACUUGCAUUGAAGGUCAUUGCUGAGAAUAUGUCGGAAGACGAGAUCCGAGGUUUGAAGUCGAUGUUUACGAAUAUGGACACAGACAACAGUGGUACAAUCACCUAUGAAGAACUUAAAGCAGGAUUGCAAAGACUUGGCUCAAAGCUAUCAGAAGCUGAAGUUAAGCAACUUAUGGAAGCUGCUGAUGUAGAUGGAAAUGGCACAAUUGAUUGCAUUGAGUUCAUCACUGCUACAAUGCACAGACACAAGUUAGAAAGAGAUGAUCAUCUUUCCAAGGCCUUCCAAUAUUUUGAUAAAGACAGCAGCGGGUUUAUUACAAGAGAUGAACUGGAAACUGCCAUGAAAGAAUAUGGAAUGGGAGAUGAUGCCACAAUCAAGGAAAUCAUAUCUGAAGUUGAUACUAUCAUAUCUGAAGUUGACACAGAUCAUGAUGGUAGAAUCAACUAUGACGAGUUCUGUGCAAUGAUGAGAAGUGGAAACCAGCAACAAGUUAAGAUAUUCUAA